AACUUCCAAGAUGUCCCUUGGGAGAGAUAUGGAGCUGGAGCAUUUUGAUGAGCGUGAUAAGGCGCAGCGGUACGGCAGAGGGUCCCGGGUGAACGGUUUGCCCAGCCCUACUCACAGUGCCCACUGCAGCUUUUACCGAACCCGCACUCUACAGACCCUGAGCUCGGAGAAGAAAGCCAAGAAAGUCCGUUUCUAUCGCAAUGGAGACCGCUAUUUCAAAGGGAUUGUGUACGCCAUCUCCCCUGACCGCUUCAGGUCCUUUGAGGCGCUCCUGGCCGACCUGACCCGGACUCUGUCCGACAAUGUGAACCUGCCCCAGGGAGUGAGAACGAUCUACACAAUCGAUGGCUCCAAGAAGAUUUCCUCCUUGGAUCAGCUGGUAGAAGGGGAAAGUUAUGUGUGUGGUUCCAUAGAACCCUUCAAGAAGCUGGAGUACACCAAGAAUGUAAACCCAAACUGGUCAGUGAAUGUCAAGACAACUUCUACUUCUCGUUCAGUGCCAUCUCUUGCCACCGCUAAGGGAGGUACUCCAGAUACAAAAGAGAAUAAGGAUUUCAUUAGGCCUAAACUGGUCACCAUCAUCAGGAGUGGGGUGAAGCCACGGAAAGCAGUCAGGAUUCUGCUCAACAAGAAGACAGCACAUUCCUUUGAACAGGUUCUUACUGACAUAACCGAUGCCAUCAAGCUGGAUUCGGGGGUGGUUAAACGUUUGUACACACUAGAUGGAAAGCAGGUGAUGUGCCUUCAGGAUUUUUUUGGCGAUGAUGACAUUUUUAUUGCAUGUGGACCAGAAAAGUUCCGUUACCAGGAUGAUUUCUUGCUGGAUGAAAGUGAAUGUCGGGUGGUGAAAUCUACUUCCUAUACCAAAAUAGCUUCGAGUUCCCGCAGGAGCACCACCAAGAGCCCAGGCCCGUCCCGGCGCAGCAAGUCUCCUGCUUCUACUAGCUCAGUGAAUGGAACCCCUGGUAGCCAACUUUCUACUCCCCGCUCUGGGAAGUCUCCAAGCCCAUCUCCCACCAGCCCAGGAAGCCUAAGGAAACAGAGGGACCUGUAUCGCCCACUCUCUUCGGAUGAUAUGGAUUCAGUAGGAGACUCAGUGUAAAAGAGAAAAUGGAACAAUGUUUAUGGUUUGUGAUUUGAUGAAGGUUUAACAUUUUUAAAGAAAAUAGCUGCUAAUUUACAGUAAUAGUGAAUCGCACAAAAGAGUUUUGCAUAUUUAAUAUUAACAACAUGGGGCCAAAUUAAUUCUAGAGUGUGGGGGUAUUUUUUGGCUUUAUCACUGCAUUUUAAUGCAAGAAUUUGUAAUGAAUGAGCCAUUGAAUAUGUCCAUCAAAUCCAGAACAACAUUGUGCAUACUCAAAGGCACAAAGAUUGGAUAAGGUGAAUAUAACGCACAAAUCCAUAGCGGGCACAUUUAUGAAUAGCACUAUUUUUAUCAUCUAAGGUACUGAUUAUAUGUUCUGUUUUUACCAUGUAUAUCUUUAUUCAUUUUGAUAUGAACAGUUAAUGAGUACUUUGCUUUUACCAACGAAUAGGUGAAAUGCAAAGAAAAAAACCUGCCAUAUUAAACUGCUUGCACCACGCUGUCAGAUCCCAACACGCACAUUUGAAACACUCUAAGUUCAGUCUUUUUGUCCAAAUGAAAAAAAAGUGAAGAAAUCCUAUGUGGUCACAGGGCAAAAGUAAUUCUUUCAAAGCAGUGAUCAAAUUCUCUUCCCUGCAUUGCCAUCUGAUGACUGCAAACAGCAGGGUGUUCACAGGCAUUAUGAAUGUUUUACCUGGCAAGAGCUGUUAAUGCUGAUCAUCCGUGUGUUGCAAGGAAACAGGGACAGAUUUCUGACCGAGGAAAUACGAGGGCCUGCUGGCUAGCAGCGUCAUCUGACAUACAUAUGAUGACAACUUUUGGAAAAUGUAUUUUGCUUCAGAAAGUAGUUAAUUAUUUUCACUUAUUUUAAGAACGGGAAUAUCAUUUUUAUUUCCUAUAAGGAGACAUUUUGUGCAUUUUAAAAAGAAAGCCUACAGGAAUGGUGAUACUGUAAAUCAUCCUCCUAUUGACCUAAUUUUUCUGUUUCCGCAGUAUCUAGAGGUGCUCUUUUUGUACAGCAUGAAUAUGCAAAACUCCUUUAGUGUAAAAGUAGGUCGUGCAUUAUAACCAGUUGCUUAGCAAAUAUCUACUAAUUUUUGUUUGUUUUCUGCUGCUUUAUUGUGAGAAUCUUUGUCUGCUUAAUUUACAUAAUAGCAACAUUUCCCAUCAUAUGUUAUAUUUAAGUCCAUAGACACUUUUGAAGUCUUAUACCUUUCCCUUCAUUUUCUGAAAUACUAAUAAUUUAAGAAUUAGAAAUCAGUGUGUUUCUGAUUCUCAGCAAAAAUCUAUAGAGGUUAUAUUUUUUAGCUAUUUAGUGAUGAUUUAAUAUAUUUUGAAACCAGGAAAAUUUACUUAUUUGAAGAAAAGGUUUAGCUGCCACAUGCCAAGUUCUAAAUGUAGUGUAAUAAUUCCUUUAGACUGAUUUGUCCAUAAUAAAAUUCAGCAGAUGGAAAAUAUUGGCAUGUGAUGUUAUGGCUUUACUGUAUCAACAUAAUUUUCUUUGCAGAAGAUAUUUGCAAAAAUAAAUAAAAGGGCAGCAGAAUACAAAACUUACCUUCUCUGUUUCCAAUACCUGGUUCCAGUAUCACCGGGUGAGAAAGUCAUUGAUCUGGCGGGUUUGCUGAAGCAGUCAGGUCAUUCCCUUUUGAAAUGCAUGUUUUGCCAUUCCUGAUUCAGACUUCAAUCUAAAACUUUUCCCAGCCAUAAGAACAGUCCAUCCCUUACCCCAUACCAUAAUGCAUAGGCUGCCUGUUCUAUUGAAAAAGUUCACAGCUAUGAAGUUACUUGCAAUUUCAGCUGUUAUGAGGGAAUGUCUUUGCAAAAUUUAUUACUUGGUCCUGAGAAAUGCAUAUUAUAUAAAGGUGCAUUGGGAUCAGUUUCUAACAAUUCAGGCAAUUUGACCAGAUUGAGCAAAAUGUUUACUGAUAUUUCAAAAAUUGUUUUUUUCCUAUAAAGAAAAUAAAUCCCAGGGAUUGUACUUUUCCUCCCUUCUCCCAUAUAGGCGACUGCUGCUUUAAGCAGUUUAUUAAGAAUGUUCUGCGCAGGGAGCACAGAUUGCCAGCAAACCUGAAUUUCACAGCUUUGCUUAGCUGUGGAAAAGAAAAAUGGACCUUAUAUCAGUAAUUGUUAUCAUAGUGAGUUCUCCAUCAAGACUGUUUUAAAAAAGAAUAUGCUAGUCCAUAACAUUUAAUCUUUUCAACAGAUGACUUGUAUUAAGGGGCUAUUCAGGGGCAAGAUGUAUCAUUAAUAUUUCAUUUUAGGAAUGAAAGUCCCUUAGAGAUUGAAAAGGUACACUGUUUAUAGACUUUGAGAUCCCUUUUUUGUGUGGAAUGUAAUUCCCAUUAUACAUGAGCAGAAAUGAAAUGUUUCUUUUGAGCAAGACCAGAAGGUUUCAGUUUGUGGGUGAAACUGAAAUUGUGUUCCUUGAUGCUGUAGUUCUAUUUGCAACAGCACGGGUUUUAGUUUGUUCCUAGAUUUCAUCAACUGCAUUAAAUAAUAGAAUAGCUUAAGCAACUUUAUAGUGUUUGAACCUCUGAUAG